AUGUUCUUCAUCGACUUAGAACCGGAUAUUAACAACCCUGAAAUCUUCAAGCUUUCUCUCUUAUGCUACUCAAAAAUAAAAGUCGAAGCUCCGCGUCCCAGAAAAGAUAUCCCCCAAUGUCUUCGCUGCCAAUCAUAUGGCCAUACACGCGCCUAUUUCAACCACCACCCCAGAUGUGUUCGCUGCGGUGAUCUCCAUGACUCAACAUCAUGCCAAAAAGAUCAAAGCCAACCCGCUACAUGUGCCCUUUGCGGUGGCCCACAUCCUGCCAACUACAAAGGUUGCUCGGUACACAAAGAACUCAACAAAAACAGAAAACUCUCACCAACGAACCCCUGGCACAAAAACGCCCCAAACCAUCAAGCAUCUUCCUCCACACAAGAACCUCAAAUAAACACCCUUGUGGAAUUCCCUCCUCUUCCACAAAAUACCCACAAUAAUUCACACAAAACAAUAAAAGAAUCUCCUAAUGUUCCGAAUAACACGACGGAUCAACUCACGUCUUUCAUCACGGAAUUCAGGUCACUAAUCAAUCCCCUGAUAUCCCUACUUACAUCACUCAUCGAAAAACUUAUCUCAAACAAUGGCCGAAAAUAA